GCGCAGCCGCCAUGUUAUAGAAUUUCAGGCCUACAACUUACCCUAUUUCAAUCACUUUUUCUGAGAUGCUAUACAUUCCAUCUGUCCCUCGGAACUGUCUAUUAUGAAAUUUCAAAACUUUAGGAGUAGAAAUUCGUGAUUAUGGUAUCCAAAAUGUAUAUUAUUUCAGUUUCUGGGAGAUUUUAACAGUAUUUCGAGAGAACAACGUUUCUCGUCCACAUUCCGCAAAUGGCUGCCUUACGAAUGCGCUACACGGGCAUAUGCGCAUGCGCCGGAACGGACUAUAUUUUAUUGACGGAGAUCGUGCAAUGUUUUCAGAAGAUGAAAACUGUAUUUUAGAAAGCAUAGAAAUAGUUAAAGAAUUAGUUACUCAGAUAUUUGAAAGAAAAAUGUUACAGGAGUCUUUUGGGAAAGAUACAAGUGAAGAAAAAUUUAAAGAUUGGCUACUAGCCAGAUAUGCUGAUUUUGUUAGCCAUUUGCUUGCUUAUUUAUCUCAAUCCGAGAAAGAAAUUCAGAUCAAAUCACUUGAAGUUCUUUUAAAAUUUAUCACAUUAGAAGCAAAAUAUCCACUGGCUAAUGUUGAACAAGAAGAUUGGUUCUUUCCAAAAUUAUUAUUUAAGAAAAUAAUCGCUGUAUUUGUUUCUGAGGAUCUUGACCAAUGUGAAACGAUUAAGCAUUUCAAACAGUACUCAUCAUACGUUGAUAUUAAAUUUUAUACUUUACAAGCUGUUGCCAAUAUCUUAUAUCAAAAAGAAAAGGUAAAUGAUAUUUUUCUAUCAAAUUGUUUUCAUCUGUUAACAUUAUGUUGUCCGUCAUCAGAAGAUUCAACAACUCUACUUUCUACAGAAGGAAUUGAAAAGCCUUUUGUCUUAAAAGGAAAGUGUUUCUCAAAACUCUUUUCAAAUGUUUGGGAAACUUUUCUAAAAUGUGAGCUUCCACCAUCUCUUUUAAAAAAGGUUCUUGUAUUCUUACCAAAGAAAGUUAUGAAACAUUUUUCAAAUCCGUACUUAUUGACAGAUUUUUUUACUGAAUUGUAUAGCAGAGGUGGUCUAACAAGUUUGUUGGCUCUAAGUGGAUUAUUUGAAUUAAUGCAAAAAUACAAUGUAGAGUAUCCUGAUUUUUACAUAAAAUUAUAUUCUUUAUUUGAUGUGAAUAUUCUGAAUAGCAAAUUCAACUCAAGAUUUUUUUAUUUGUCAGAUCUCUUUUUGUCUUCUACCCAUUUACCUGCAUACCUGGUAGCUGCAUUUGUCAAGAGACUCUCUAGAAUCUCUUUAGCAGCAAGAACAGAGUGUGUAUUAAAAAUUAUACCUCUCAUUGUUAAUUUGUUAAUCCGUCAUCCUGCAUUAACUGUUUUGAUACACAGAACUGAUAUUAAAGAUCUUACUGAUGAUCCAUAUGAUUUUGCUGCCAUUGACCCUGCUGAAAGUAAAGCAUUAGAAAGUUCCUUAUGGGAAAUAAAAACACUCCAAAGUCAUUAUCAUCCAGAAGUUUCUAGGAAGGCCAAGAUUAUUGAUAAAGAACUGCCAAAACUUGAGUUAGAUUUUACAAGUUCUCUAGAUAUAUCAGAGGAAGAUGUUUUUAGAAAAGAAUUCAAACGAAGUUUCACUGAAGCACAUACUUUGAUAGAAAAUGUUACAACUCAAAAAAAUAUGUUUGUUAUAUCUAAUAAACAUUUUAAAUGUUAAA